AUGGCUCCUCUACGCUGCAGGCGGGACCCCUGCGGCGUUAUCUGUCUUAUUUUAACUUAUUUCAGCGUGUUUUACGCGGACUACGUGGUCAUACAGUAUGUCCUCAUCCCCGCCUACUCGGACAGUGUUUGGUGUACUCUACAUGGAUCAGUGUUCAACCUGAUUCUGCUGCUGCUGCUGGCCUGCCACUCCAAAGCUGUCUUCUCAGACCCUGGUAUGGUGCCUCUUCCUGACACAGCCAUAGACUUUUCAGACCUUCGCUCCCAGUCGUCUCGGAUGAAUGAGCGGGGCUGUGAGGGCUGGACGGUGUGCAGUCGCUGUGAAACCUACAGACCUCCCAGAGCGCAUCACUGCCGCGUCUGCCAGAGGUGUAUACGCCGCAUGGACCACCACUGUCCCUGGAUCAAUAACUGCGUAGGAGAGCUAAACCAGAAGUAUUUCAUCCAGUUUCUUUUUUACACAGGCAUGGCCAGUCUGUACUCCAUGGUGCUGGUGGUGUCUGCAUGGGUGUGGCGGAUAAGGAACGAGAGAGACGGCGAGGCAGAAAAAGAAGAAGGAGAAGAGACGCCCAGCAAACACCUGAUAGUUGCUCACUACAUCAUCCUCCUGGUGGAGUCGGUGUUGUUUGGCGUGUUUGUCAUGGUCAUCUUCUACGAUCAGUUGGUCUCCAUAAUCACGGACGAGACCCCAAUUGAACAGAUGAGGAACAGGCUGAUGAUAAAGGACAAAGGUUCUUCCUCCUCCUCGUCUUCCUCCUCUUCCUCGCAGCCACCUCACCAUCUGACGCACACCCGCAAGCCAAAGCUGGCUCUGCUGCGGGAGGUUUUCGGAAGAGGUUCGGUCUUUUGCUGGCUUCUUCCUCUCCACUCCAGCCCUCCGUCGGUCGGCGGCAUCAGCUACUCCGCCCUGCCUGACUACAAUGUCUGACCUUUGACCUGUGAGAGCGAGACGAGGCGA